ACGAUAGUAGUGUAGUACUCUUACUGACUCACUGUUAUCUGCUAGCACUAGCAAAGACUGCUACAUAUAAGAGGAGGGACAGAGUAUUUCCACCAAAUAUCUGCUUUCAAUUUGGUUCAUCUUGUUUCUUUUUCUAGCUAGCUAUUGUGGAACUCUGGAUUUGAAAUGAACUACGUAAAGGGGUUCAGAUUCCACCCAACAGACGCAGAAGCUAUCGAGCAUCUAUGGGACAAAAGAGUACUCGACCGUGAUUCGAUUGUCCAAGUCGGUGAUUUCCUUGUUCCAGUAAUAACACACCUCGAAGAUAUCUGCGAGUUCGAACCUUGGGAAUUGCCUGGGCGUUCGAAGUCAGAGCCCGGAGAUAACCUUUGGUAUUUCUUCUGCUCACCGAAAUACAAGUACCGCAAUAGUGAAAGGAAAAACAGGGUUACCAGGGAAGGAUACUGGAAACCAACGGGGACACCUAGUGAGAUAUUAACAACAUAUAAUGGACAAGAGAUCAGAGGAAGCAGGCAAACUUUGGUAUUCUACCGAGGUCGUGUUAGGGAUAAAAAGAAGAACGAAAAAAAGACCCAAUGGGUCAUACAUGAGUUCGAAAUCCCUCUUAAUCUACCAAACCAAAAAAGAAUAGCUCUUUGUAGACUGAAGAAAAAAUAUGGUAAGGUAGAUGUUUCAAGAGGUGAAGAAGGCCAAUCGAGUCACUCUUUGCCUUCAAAUUUAGAAAAUCAAGCUACAAACAAUGCAAUUCCAGAGGACCAGCUAAACUCUAAUGCGCCAUUAACAGAGUCGGAAGCAUUUAAUGAAUAUAGUGGGAAUCAAACGACAUUGACCACAAAUGAACAGGAUGAUGAUGAAUUUGUGGAUUCCCUUAUUAAUAAUGAUGAGAUCAACACUGAACAAAGAAGCAACCAACCUUUCUUUGUUGAUGAGAAUGAAGGCCCUAAGCUACCUUCUAACUUCCUAGUCCAUGUUGCAGAUGAUGAUAUCCCAAACAACCAGGAAGACUUUGGUGGGCUAGUUAACCAAAAGCCGAAAGCUCUUAAUGACUGUGUUGAGACCCUAAAUUCUGGUAGGACUAGUGAACAUGAUAAUUCCUCACGGAGCUCGAUUUUCAUCCCUAAUGAUCAAACCAAUUCAGUAGGCGGAGGCAAUCAACAAGCUACUUUAGUUGCUGAGAAUGAGAGAUCUAGCUUGGCUUUCGAAAACCAUGUUGCAGAGAAUUCCGUUCCGAUGGAAGAUUCAGAGUUUGAUAAGUGUUUACUAGAAGGGUUAUUCAUGGCUGAAUUGUCACACGCGCCUGAAGGGGUUGAAAAUGACGAGUUGAGCACCAAUGAACAGGAUGAUGAGUUUUGGAAUAAGAUUUACUUCACUACUGAUGAAGUCUUGGGAAGCGAACAACAGAACCGAACUGACAGCACAAUGGGAUCACCAUAUGAUCCCUGCCCAAUGGAGUCGUCUAGGAAAAGGCCACGCAUCGAAUCUGAGCGCUUAAAUAGAGGGGAAGAUAUUCAAGCGGCUCCAUCUCAGUAAUAGAACAACUCUUUGAAUAACCAUCAGGCACAAGUUGACAGUUACAAUAUAGGAGCCUUCCAAUAUAAUGGAAGCGUUCCCUACAUUUACAAUUAAUAGGAGAAAUGAGAGAGAUCAAAGAAAGCUUAGUGCUGAAGCAAGGGGAAUGGGCAAUGUAAGCUACAAAAUAAGUCCAGGACCAUAAUGGAGAAGAUGGAUAUCUAUGUAGUAUGAGAGGGUGGUGAACAAUGCCAUGGAAAAUUAUUACUACUUUGUUAUUUUUAUUGUUGUAGCUAAUGUAAACAGAGAGUAUUUUUGUGAGUUGUUUGUGUCAUCCAUCUUUAAUUUUGGUCCAAUUAAUGGUGUAAGGGAUCAAACUCUCCACCUUGGGAUGAUUAGCAUCCAAACCGUAUCACUGCCUAUGCUUGCAGCUAUGUUUAAUUAUCA